CAAAAUGUGUAUUCCUUAGAUUCCAACCUUUUUGUGACUUUUCUCAAAAAAAAGAAAAAAGAGGACCGAUUCAACCCAAAUUCACAAAAAGAAAUAUUAGACGGAUUCAACCCAUUUGAAGAAACGUGGUACUACAAUUUAUUCCACUUUCUGCAUAUAAGUAGGGGAGUUCUCAAGUCAUAAUGCAAAUCAUAGUGAACAAGAAAAACAAGACAAGAAAAUAUGAAGAAAACUCCCAUCUCUAUGCCUCCCCAUUCAAACAACAACGCCGAAGACUUCCAUGAUCUCAAAGAGAAGAAGCCAGCUGCUGCAGCCUCCAAGAAGCUCGAGAAGAUGCCAGCUGCUGCAGCCUCCAAGAAGCUCGAGAAGAUGCCGUCCAUGGACAUAAAUGAAAGAGCCGAGGCAUUCAUCAGGAAGUUCAGGCAGCAACUUCUGCUCCAGAGGCUCGAAUCAAUGGAGAAUUACGAGCAAAUGUUGGCCAGGGGAUUAUAACUCAACCCUUUGCGUGGUUACAAGGUUUUUGUCCUGGUAUUUUGUGGUACAUAUAUAUAGAUAUAUACGUUUAGUAUUAAUUUUAUUUGAUAAAACACUGUUUUCUUCCUGAAAUGAUGAUGUGUAUCUGCAUGCAUUGGAGAGCAAAGAAGCACAAAAAUAAUUUGCUUCAUAAUUGAAUACGACUGUUCUUAACUUUUUCAUGAUUCAACUUUAAUUUGUACAUUUUUGUGCUUGGUACCCUGCCCCUGUCCUUGCCUUGAAAUCCCCCUCUCUGUUUUUCCAGGUUGAGUUUCAAUUUCUCUGAACUCUUCGUUCUGUAAUUAUAAAGCAAACAUUUGUUCAUCAAGGAUAUGGAUACUAUGUGGCUUUAUUCUGCACCAAUGGAAUUAAACUACAGCAUCUGAG